AUGUCAUCUAUAGGUUAUCCAGACGAUUUUGAGAAUAAUAAUCCAUUUGCAGAACCUACUAUUCCAGAUCAUAAUAAUGAAGCAGCCACAUCAGUGACUAACGAAAAUGACGAUCAAUCGACAUUCCCUCCCCAAUCAACUCACGAUGUAAUCAACACCCAAGAACAACAACAGGAAAACGAUGAUGAACCUAGUCCUAAUUUAUUGAAUGAAGAAGAGUUAAAGAAAUUACUUCCUGAACGAUUCACAAAUAAAUAUAGUUUAUCUAUUCAAUUGAUUGAAAUUGAAAGAAAUAAACCUGGGAACCCAAUUUUAAAAAUGAAUGUAGAAGUUAAAGGAUUACCAAGGUUUAGACAAUCAGUAUAUAAAGAAGUACGUCGAACUUAUAAUGAAAUUGUUAAAUUUAACAAAUAUUUAACCAUAUCUAAUUUGGAAGUAUUUGUUCCAGUUUUGCCAAGUCCACAUACUUCAUUUCCUACUGGUGGGGAAGACGAAAGGAAACAACUUCAAAUUGUAUGGCAAGAAUGGUUGGACAGAAUUACAAGUAAUCCAAUAUUAAUAAGAGAUGAAGAAUUUAUUUAUUUUGUGGAGAGUGAUUUUGGAUAUUCUGUGAUUAAUAGUAAUAGGAAAUCAUCUGUUGCAAGUGGUUUUGUAAGGAAAACUUUAAAACAAUUAGCAGUACCUUAUGAUCCAUAUGAGGAAUUAGCAUCAUUUAGACCAGUAAUUAAAGACGCUUAUUUGAUUUGUCAAAGAUUAUAUAAAGCCCUUGAUAGAAACUCAAAAACUGAAAAACAACUUUCAAUUCAUAUAUUUGACAUGGCUAACAAAUUACAAGUUUUAUCAGAGUUUGAAACGACUCAUCCAGGGAUGAAGAAUAUGUGGGAGAAAUUUGGGAAAGUCACUCAAAAACAAUCAGAUUUGACUCUAGUUGAUUCAAUUAAUGAAAUGGCAACUUUGGGAGAUGGUGUUCAAACUUUGAUUGAUGAUUUUUAUGAAAUCAAAGAAGCUUUAACCAAUAGACAUUUAAUUAUGAGAGAAUUGAUUCAAGCAGAAUCAAAUGCAGCUAGUAAGCAUACAAAUGCUAAUAGAAUUAAAAGCAAAUCUUCAUUAGAUCCAAUAAAAGUUGAUGAAGCAUUGAGAUCACUCGAAUAUGCCACUAAAGUAUAUGAAUCCCUAAAUUUACAAGUCAAAAGAAUCUCUGGUGAAAUGCUUUUUGAAAGAAAAGAAGUACUUGAAUACACAGAAAAGAAGUUUCAACGAUUAAUGAAAUCUUAUACAUUACAUAAAGUUGAUCAUCAUAGAAAAAUAUUGAAAAACUUGGAAAGUAUAAGAUUGGAUGUGAGAAGUGUUGAUGAAAAGGGUGGAUUAUCGCGUCUUAACCGUGACAAUUUAUCGAAUUUGAAACAUAAUUUAACCCAAUCGCAAUCAGCGCAAGGAGAUUCUUGGUCAUCAAGAACGUUCAGAUCAUUAGAGAAGGAAGAUGAAGAAAAUGAACAUAGAAAGCAAGAUGAAAGUGUUUUGCAAACAGAUACCGUGGAUCCAAAGAAUGCUGCUAGUUUGUUAGGUGUAGCCACUUUUUGA